GGCCAACGUGGCUGGCGGAGGGAGGGCGCAGGCCCAACCCUGGGGAAAGUUUGUUUGCCACUGCUACAGCGCGGAUUUGACUGGGGCCUGCAGGCUAGCUAUGGGCCAUCGCCCACCUGUCCUCCCGCUCUGUGCCUCUGUGUCUCUGCUGGGUGGCCUGACUUUUGGCUAUGAACUGGCUGUCAUAUCCGGUGCCCUGCUACCAUUACAGCUGGACUUUGGGCUGAGUUGCCUGGAACAGGAGCUCCUGGUGGGCAGUCUGCUCUUAGGUGCUCUCCUCGCCUCCCUGGUCGGGGGCUUCCUCAUCGACUGCUAUGGCAGGAAACGGGCCAUCCUGGGGAGCAAUGUGGUGCUGCUGGCUGGCAGUCUGGAUCUGGGUCUGGCUGGCUCCCUCCCCUGGCUGCUCUUGGGCCGCUCUUCCGUUGGCUUCGCCAUCUCACUGUCUUCCAUGGCUUGCUGUAUCUACAUCUCAGAGCUGGUGGGGCCGCGGCAGCGGGGUGUUCUGGUGUCACUCUAUGAGGUGGGCAUCACCGUGGGCAUCCUGUUCUCUUACGCCCUCAACUAUGUCCUGGCUGGCACCCCUUGGGGCUGGAGGCACAUGUUUGGCUGGGCAGCUGCACCUGCUCUCCUGCAGUCGCUCAGCCUCCUUUUCCUGCCUGCUGGUGCGGAGGGCUUGACAGCCCACCAAGACCUCAUCCAACUCCAGGGAGGGAAGGCCAGCAAACCGGGCCCAGGGAAGCCACAGUACACCUUCCUGGACCUCUUCAAGACCCGGGACAGUAUGCGGAGCCGGACUGUAGUGGGACUGGGCCUGGUGCUAUUCCAGCAGCUAACAGGACAGCCCAACGUGCUCUAUUACGCCUCCACCAUCUUCCGCUCUGUAGGCUUCCGAGGAGGAUCCUCAGCUGUCCUGGCUUCUGUGGGGCUUGGUACUGUGAAGGUGGCUGCCACCCUGACUGCCACAGGGCUGGUGGACCGUGCAGGCCGUAGAGCCCUUCUACUUUCUGGAUGUGCUCUCAUGGCCUUGUCUGUCAGUGGCAUAGGCCUGGCCAGCUUUGCUGUGUCUCUGGACUCAGGCCCUAGUUGCCUGGCCACAUCCAACACCAGUCGGCAGAUGGACCUGCCUCAAAGCUCGGCUCUGCCUAAGGGUUCAUCUCUACCACCAGUGCGACAAACCAGUGGGGACCCAGGACAAUCAGUCCUGUCAAUCACUGAGGGAACCAAGCCCCAUCCAAUCACCACAGAUUCCCUGGAACCAGCUCUUACUACUGCCUCCCCAGUCCCCCCAGCUCCCAUCUUGGGACACACCCUGCUGUGCUGGUCUGCACUGGUUUGUAUGAUGCUCUACGUGAGUGCCUUCUCCUUUGGAUUUGGACCAGUGACCUGGCUGGUCCUCAGUGAGAUUUACCCCACUGAGAUCCGAGGGAGAGCCUUUGCCUUCUGCAGCAGCUUCAACUGGGCGGCCAACCUCUUCAUCAGCCUUACCUUCCUCGACCUCAUCGGUGCCAUCGGCUUGUCCUGGACCUUUCUGAUGUAUGGGAUGACUGCUGUUCUUGGCCUAGCCUUCAUCUACUUGCUUGUUCCUGAAACAAAAGGGCAGUCCCUGGCUGAGAUAGAGCAGCAGUUUCAGAUGAACAGGUUCCCUCUACGCUUUGGCCACAGGCAGAACCCCAGCGGUAUCCAGUACCACCGCCUGGACGUCUCCUCAGCCUCCUGAGGGCCCUGUCUGCUUGGAAGGUGCUGGUAUAUUGGUUUCUGCAGCUCCAGCUCCCUGUCUGCUGGGGCCUGGAACUCAUGGUCCAGGUUUCUUUCCAUAGUGAUCCCUGCCCGAAAGCUGCCUCUUGCUGGGGUGAGAGAUGACCCCCUCCCUUCAUUUUAAGUGCGAGGCUCUAAGGACUCUGGAAGAUCUAGCUGGGUGCUCUAAUGUCCCCAUGGAGUUGGCUUGUCUGCAGUGUUUAUGAUGACAUCCUCUGUGGCAUCUCCAUCAAGGGCUUCUCAGAUGACCUGGGAAGGAAGUGUCUCUGCCUUCCUGUCCCCUUGGCAGGGUCUCGGUGAUGGGGAGCCUGCUUAGGUCACUCCCUUCCUCUUGCCCAGGAUGUUUAUCAGGCACUGAGACUCUGACUGGGAACAAGAGGCUGUUGCUAAGAUGGCUCUAUGACCCUGACCUCAGUUUACCCAUGGGUCCCACAAAAACCUGGACUAGGCUGCUCCUAAGAUCUCUUCUCACACCGCAGGGAUGGAAGUCUCAGAGCUGGGACAGAAACACUCAGCACUGUCACGCGGUCCUGGGACAGGAGCUUUGUUAGCAGAAACUGUACCUAGAUUCAAGAGUCUAGCACCCUGGAAUGCAAGAGCUGGCCACAACAUGUGACAAGUGACAGGGCAAGGGACUCACUCAGAUAUUGCUGGUUGUGGCCUCUACUUUGGGUGCUAUUGACAGCCUCUAGCCUCAAUUUUUCCACCUGCGAAUGGGCAGAGUUGUGCCCCUCAGGAUGUAUUGACUUACCCCAUCUGCCUCAGGAGGGUCUUCAUUGAGCUCCGGGGGCUUCAGCUCACAGAGUUACACAGGGCACCUCCCUUGGGGCAUUGUAAGGGGCCGGUCAGCUGGGGUCCACCAAGUGGCUGAGGUCAGAGGUCGCAUAAGGGGGUUGUAAAAAAGAGAGUCGGUUCCUGGACACUGGGUAGCUGGCCUCACUGUAAGACACACCCUUCUGGUUCCCGAGCCUGGCCCAGAGACCUUGUUCUUUUUCUACAUAUUUCACUUACAGCCAGUGGUGUGCUGGAUUCAGCAUGUGGUGGCUCCUCAGAGCUGACUGCCACACAGUUCAGAUUUCUGCAAACUGAUUGCUAAGCACUGUCAUUUUUUAAAAAAUAUUUUAACUUAUAAUAAACAAUUACUGUAUUUAUAGUAGUCAGUGUUCAGACUUCAUCAUCUCCUACCAGGUGUGGUGGCACAUGCCUGUAAUCCCAGCACUCAGGAGGCUGAGGCCAGAGGAUUGGGCACUGUAGGCCAGUCUGGCUUUAAACCUUGUUCAACCAACCAAAUAAAUAGGUAAAUACACAAACAAAACCCUGUUGCCACCUCCUAAUUUUUCUGCUGCAUUUCUCACUCCCCAGUGCUGCUGGUCAUCCUCACAUGUGUCUGAGGGAGAUGGAGGAAGGUGCUGUGUUCUGCACUCAGUGCCUUCACAGGAAGUGCCUGGCCGUGUCUUUGCAUUCCAGAAGUUAGGGAACACUGCUGACCAGGCUUUGGUCUAUUGUUUGGUUGAUUUUUCUGGAGAAGAGAACUGCUGGGUCAAAGGUUGAGGAGCCUCCCGUGUGUAGCUGCUAUAUUGAAAAUAGCACAGAGAAAAUGUGGUGUGUGAAAAUUCCUCCCCUCUGGUCAGUUCAGCAGAUACUGUUCAUGGCCUGGAUGGAACAAGGGGUUCUGAGGUAUAUCUGACCUUCUGGGAUGUGUGUCCAUCUGGUAGCCCCAACUUCCCGCUGACUACUUACGGAAUGCUCUUUAGAUGAAGUGUUUUCCCACACAAAUACAUGUAUUUUAAAAUAAAUUAUUUUGAACAAA